ACAGGCAGUGUAGCAAGAGCACAUGGAUAAUGCGAUAAUGUCAGCAGCAUCGCUCCACCGGACUCUUCCCGCGCUACCAGGGCAGCACUCCCGACCAGUUUUCCGGUCCAAAACCCGUCUGGUCCGAUGCUCUAACGAGCGCCAGGUGCUUUUUGAUCGCAUUGCUCCUGUCUAUGACAACGUAAGCCCCCCAAACUACCUCCUCCACGCUGAAUGACUUGUUGACUGUUGGUCAGCACCGGAUAUGGAAAAGAAUGGCUAUUUCUUGGAGUGGAGCAAAAAAGGGAGAUAAUGUGUUGGAUGUAUGUUGUGGAACUGGAGAUUUAGCUUUUCUUCUAUCCGAGAAAGUUGGACCUACUGGCAAGGUGGUUGGUCUUGAUUUCUCAAAGCAGCAGUUAUUGAUUGCAUCUUCCCGACAGCAUUCACAAUCAAAGACUUGUUACGAAAAUAUCAAGUGGAUCGAGGGCAACGCAAUUGAUUUACCAUUUCCUGAAUCUUCCUUUGAUGCUGUUACUAUUGGCUAUGGACUACGAAAUGUGGUAGAUAGGCUUAAAGUAUUAGAGGAGGUAUGUCGAGUUCUAAAACCAGGGUCCAAAGUAUCUGCUCUUGACUUCAACAAGAGCACUAAUCCCUUCAGCACCUCCUUUCAGGAAUGGAUGAUUGAUUAUGUUGUUGUUCCAGCAGCUGAUAUUUAUGGCCUUGCAAAUGAGUACAGAUACUUGAAAAGGUCAAUAAAUGAGUUUUUAACAGGAAAGGAGUUAGAGAGGCUUGCGUUGAAUGCAGGCUUUUGUAGUGCAAAACAUUUUGAAACUGGUGGAGGACUCAUGGGGAACUUGGUAGCUGUACGAUAUGGAUACAUUCCCUAAUUCCUCUCAUCAGUGAGAGGUAUAUGGCUCUUGAUUUUUGCAUUUUUUUUAGUUGAUGCAGUGGCUCGGAAUUUUGGAAAAUUUUCCACGUCUAGCUCUGAUAUGUUUAUUUUGAAUGGUAAAUCGCAAGUGGCUACUGUAUUUGUAGCAUUUGCUUGUAAUUUUACGGAUUUUGCGGGUGUCCUUGACAAUGAUAAAAAGACAGAUAUAAUGUAUGUGAAAUUAAAAGCCGGACAAUGAUAAAUACUAGCUGCUGCUACGUUCAAAUAUUCUGUGUUGGACCUGGCCUUCAUGCCUAUGAAAUUAUAAAGGGAUACAAAC